AUGGAUGCGCGGCGCUGGAGGGGGCUCCCACUCGGGAAUGGUUCUGAUUGUCCCAACGGCUCCCGCUGGGUCAUGGAUGUGUUUAACGAAUGUGCCCAGGACGGUCGGGACAUCGCCAGCGUCAUCUUGGGUUUGGUUUCCAUCUUCUGCUUUGCAGCUGCCUCUUUUCCGCAGUUUUACCAAGCCUGCAAAACGGGCAUCAUGGACCGGGCUCUCUCCAUUUAUUUUCUGCUGGGAUGGCUGGGUGGAGACCUCCUAAACCUCAUCGGUUCUUUCCUGGCUGAUCAGUUGCCGCUGCAG